GCGUUAGUACGUUUUACGUGUUCUCUUGAUCAAAACAUUAAUAAAAACAUAGCCCUUUAAUAAAAAAAACAUAAACAUAAAUAAAAGCCAUCAAUCAAUUCAGUGACCUUCAAAUAAAAUAAAAAGCCUUUAAUUAAUUAAUUUAAGGUCUUAUGUAAAUUUUCAGUUGAUUAAAAUACAAAUUUUAAAAACAUAAUUAGUCAAUUGAUUAAUUAAAAGUUUAAUAUAAAUUUAAAAAAAAAAUAAAAACCAUAUGACUCAUUAGUGCGUGAGUUUAAGUCGUGUGUGGAAUAUUUCCACGAAUUAUUCGAGUCGUUUUUCUACGAAGACGCUCUGAAUUUGGGACAAAGACAUCGGAGUUUCUAGAGGUCACUACUGGUCUCGGGUGUUCAAAAUAAAUAAAAAAAAAAAUCUUUACAUAUUUUCGCUUUCUACAAUCACAAGAAACUUGAAAUUUUUUAAAAUCCAAUAACAAAUAAUUAAAUAAAUUAAUUAAUUUAAUAAGAUUAUAAUUGAAAUUAAUUUUAUAAAAUAAUAACCGACUAUGUAAUCGCAUCGUUACGUAAUCAAUUAAAAAAAAAAAUUUGAGACUAAGUAAUAAAAUAAAUAAAUAAAUUAUCUGCCAUUUGGUUGAUUUGAAGUUUUGUUAAAUUAAUCACGUAAUUAAAAAUCACAAACUGGCUCCGGAAGUGAGGAUAAGACAAAUUGGAAUGAGGGAGGACUUGUUGUCAAUAAUAAGACACACAAGCAGUGACCAUUUUUCUGAAGAGCUUUAGCACAUGGUUUAAUAAGGCACUUAAACGCCAAUAUUUUUUGUUGUUAUUCUAAUUGAGUAUUUUUAUAAUUUGACUUAAAAAAUUUUUUUUAUACCUUUUUUUUUAUUUUAUUUUUUCAUAAUUUAUUAUUGGUAAUAAAUAAAAUAAAAAUAAUAAUAAUAAUAUUGAUUUCGUUGACUUAAAUUUUUAACGGAUUUAAAUUUAUGAUAAUUUUAUUUUUGUAUAAAUAAAUAAAAUAAUUUUAAAAAAAGUGUUAAGUGCGUUGAUGUAAUGCCCUGGGUUGCUGCUUGUUUAGAUCUUCUUGCUGGUCCCGUACUUGGCUAUUGUCUUGCUGUAAGAAGACUAGCAUUACAAGUGGGAUUAUUGCAAGAAGCUGCUAAUAAAAUAAACGAAGAGUUUAUUAUUAAUAAGAGCAAUAAUAACAAAUUAGAAAUGGCUCCAUGUACUGAAGAUAAACGUCCAGAAUCGACUCAAGAGUCAUCAACAAGAGUACAAGGUAUUAUAAAAUCACCGAGAAAAUUCGUGGGUGUUGUUAUCGCAACUUCCGGUUUACCUGCACGAGGAAGAACACAAGUUGCACAAAGUCUUGCUCGACGACUCAAUUGGAAUGGCGAGUCUGCUAAAGUAAUGCGAGUUAGUGAUUACCGUCGUAAAAAAUUGGAAUUAUAUGGAACCCAUGAAUUUUUUCGAGCGGACCACGCAGCGAAUUCAGCACUGCGACAGUUGGCAACACGCGACGCAAUGCACGACUGCGCUGGUUGGCUCUCAUCUGGGAACUCCGUAGCUAUCCUGGACGGUUGCCUGGUGACUAAGGACCAACGACGCGAGGUAUUCGACUACUUCACGGUGCAACUGGGCUACCGGAUCCUCUUCGUCGAGUGCGUUUGUGACGACCCUGCGGCUCUGGAACGUAACUAUCAGGAGGUUAUUCGUCACAGUUUGGACUACGCGGGCAUGGAACCUUUCGCCGCAGUAGAAGAUCUUAAAUUAAAAAUUGACCAUUACGUCCGGACUUGGGAACCGAUGGAUGAAAAAAAUUAUCCACGGGUUACUAUCGAUACUGUCACUAUGGACAUCAAGGCUCACAAAGUAACUGGACAUAUUGAGACUAGUGUAUUGGGUUAUCUCGGUAGUGUCACUACUAAACCACAUACAUUAUAUUUUUCACGUCACGGAGAAAGUGAGUAUAACGUAAUAGGUAAAAUCGGAGGUGAUGCAGUACUAAGCUCACGUGGCGAGCGUUAUGCUCAAGCAUUGGCUACAAGGAUAAAUUCAAUGCAUAUACCAGAUCUACGUGUACUAACAAGCCGUCUUAGAAGAACAAUAGCAACGGCACGUGGAAUUGAAGCACCACAGGAACAUGUCGCUGCACUAAAUGAACUAGACGCUGGUGUGUGUGAGGGACUUUCUUAUGAAGAAAUGCAAGAGCAUUAUCCUCAAGAGUUUGCAUGGCGAGACCAAGACAAAUUACGCUAUCGUUAUCCAUGGGGUGAAAGUUACGUCGACAUAAUGCAACGAGUUGAACCUGUGAUAGCAGAGCUGCAGCAGUCAAAUAAUAUUCUUGUGAUAUCCCACCAAGCGGUACUGCGGUGUUUGAUUGGUUACUUCAUGGACAAAAAACCAGAGGAGCUGCCAUACAUGGAAGUACCCUUGCACACAAUAAUUCGCGUAUCGAGCUGCGGUUUCAAUUAUCGCAUUGAAUUUAUAAAAUUACCUAUUGAAUGCGUCAAUACAACGAGAAACAAACCUAUUAAUUGCAAUGCUAAUCGUACAGCUAAUGACGCAUUGUUGACAGUACCAGCGCAUCUUGAUCUACCAGAUCCAUGGAGAAAUCCUGGUAAUGGUCCGACUCUUGUACAACAACACUGAGCCGAAAUGAACAAGAAGGAGUCUUCUUCUUCGACUUCUUCUUCUUCUUCUUUGUUAACUACUUCCUCAUCUGCUUCUUCUUCUUCUUUUUCUUCUUCUUCGACUUUGUUAUUAAAAAAAUAACAAAAUCAUGAGUACUAAUAAUUAUUUUUUCUUAAUAAUUAACUUUUUUUGGUUACUAUUUUAUGGUCCUAAAGUUCGAAGACAAAAAAACUUUUUGAUUUUUAUUUUUAACAAAUCAAUUAAAAAAAAAAAAAAAACUAAAAAUAUGCAUGUGUAGAAAAUUAAAAAAACUAUGGGUGCAAUUUUUUAAAAUAUUUUUUUUUAUAAUUUAUCUUCUAAAAAAAGUCCAAAAAUUAUUAAUGGCUAAUUUGAGUGUCAUCAUAUUUCACUAUUUUUAAAUUAUAAAUUUUAAAAGUAUGAGUACUUAGAAAUUUUAAUAGGUCAUGAUUUAAAAGGGGGCUGACAUUUUAAGUGAAAAAAUUUUUUUUCAUAUAUAUUAUAUAUAUAUUCUUCUAUUA